UAAGUGUGUUUUUGAAACAUAGAACUCAUACGCGAACAUUACACGUGAUUACACGAUACCACGAUACAUUGGUAUUCGAAGUAUCUUUCGAUUACGAUCUGACAUAACCUGGCCGACGUGCCACUGUCGUGUUUAUGGCGAAUUGAAUCGGCGAGGCUUGAUUUACUCGCGUCUCACAACCAUGUUAAUAACAUAUUUCUGGAAUAACUGGAGGUAUAGUAAUGCCCCAGAAGGCCAGCAGCCAUUUGAAAAGAUAGUCGGAUUAAGUAAAUAUGGAUUUAUCAGUGGUCUCGGAAUUGGCACGUAUGAUGCUGUAAUGUUAUCUCAGACAACAGGCUUCUGGAAUACAGUAAAUUGCUUAUCUUACUGGGUGGUGCCUAUCACUGCCAUGUGUGCUACCUUUGCCUCUGUAGCAUAUACAGCGACAAAAAUUAGGGGAAAAGACGACUAUGCCAAUUACAUUCUAGCCUCAUUAGUCUCAGGUGGAAUCUUUUAUCGCUGGCAAAAGAAUGGUCUAUUAAGUUUUAGUUGGACAGGUGCAAUAACUGCAUGCGCCAUAAUCAAGAAGUAUGGUGAUCUGAAUGAUUUCAAGCCUUUUCCGUUAAGUACGAAAGGAAUUCGAGAGGAAUAUACUACUUUCCCCUUUGACAUGACUCUCAUUAAGGAUCCUAGGGGACCUAGACCCUGGGAGUAAAAAUAUUUCAUAUAUAGAAU